AUGUAUGGAAGUGCAAGAACAAUCAGUAAUUUGGAAGGCAGUCCUUCCAGGUCUCCUCGUUUGCCAAGAUCGCCUCGUCUGGGCCACAGGAGAACAAGCAGCGGGGGAGGUGGAGGAACGGGUAAGACACUAUCAAUGGAGAACAUCCAGUCCCUUAAUGCAGCCUAUGCAACAUCUGGACCGAUGUAUCUUAGUGACCAUGAAGGUGUAGCAUCUACUACUUUCCCAAAGGGCACAAUGACUCUUGGAAGGGCUACAAAUCGAGCUGUGUAUGGUGGUCGAGUCACAGCCAUGGGGAGUAGUCCAAAUAUUGCUUCAGUUGGACUUUCUCAUACAGAUGUCCUUUCUUAUACUGAUCAGCAUGGAGGUCUGACCACAUCUUCACAUCAUCAUCAUCAUCAAGUUCCCUCUAUGCUGAGACAGGUAAGGGAUAGUACCAUGCUAGAUCUACAGGCUCAGCUCAAGGAACUACAAAGAGAGAAUGAUCUUCUGAGAAAAGAACUGGAUAUCAAGGACAGUAAGCUGGGAUCUUCCAUGAAUAGCAUCAAGACUUUCUGGAGCCCUGAGCUAAAAAAGGAAAGAGUCUUGAGAAAAGAAGAAGCUGCCAGAAUGUCAGUUCUUAAAGAGCAGAUGAGGGUUUCUCAUGAAGAGAACCAGUUUUUGGAUGCCAGGAGAACAAAGCAUUUGCAACUGACCAUCCAGGCACUUCAAGAUGAGCUUCGGACUCAGAGAGACCUUAAUCAUCUUCUUCAACAAGAAAGCGGAAACCGAGGAACUGAGCAUUUUACUAUUGAGCUUACAGAGGAGAAUUUUCGAAGACUUCAGGCAGAACAUGAUAGACAGGCUAAAGAGCUCUUUCUCUUGAGAAAAACUCUAGAAGAAAUGGAGUUGAGAAUUGAAACACAAAAGCAAACACUAAAUGCCAGAGAUGAAUCAAUAAAAAAGCUUCUAGAAAUGUUGCAAAGUAAAGGUUUGCCAUCCAAAGGAAUGGAAGAUGACAACGAAAGAGCUCGAAGGAUGGCCGAGGCUGAAUCUCAGGUUAAUCAUUUAGAAGUGAUUUUAGACCAGAAGGAGAAGGAAAACAUACAUCUUAGAGAGGAACUACACAGAAGAACCCAACUUCAGCCUGAACCAGCAAAGACAAAAGCUCUUCAGACAGUUAUAGAGAUGAAGGACACAAAAAUAGCUUCACUUGAACGCAAUAUAAGGGAUCUCGAAGAUGAAAUACAGAUGUUAAAGACAAAUGGAGUUCUGAAUAUAGAGGACCGAGAAGAAGAGAUCAAACAAAUAGAAGUUUACAAGAGUCACUCAAAGUUCAUGAAAAAUAAGAUUGACCAAUUGAAACAGGAACUUUCAAAGAAAGAAUCAGAACUUCUCGCCUUACAAACUAAGCUUGAAACCCUUAGCAAUCAGAAUUCAGAUUGCAAGCAACACAUUGAAGUGCUUAAAGAGUCGCUUACUGCCAAAGAACAGAGAGCUGCCAUACUUCAGACAGAGGUUGAUGCCUUGAGAUUACGACUGGAAGAAAAAGAAACUUUUCUUAAUAAAAAAACAAAACAACUGCAAGACCUCACAGAAGAGAAGGGAACCUUGGCUGGAGAGAUUCGAGAUAUGAAAGACAUGUUAGAAGUAAAGGAAAGAAAAAUCAAUGUCCUUCAGAAAAAGUUGCUCUGUGGUAACUCAGCAGCUAGUUCCUUCCCUCUGAAGGCCAUGUGGCUGCCUCAGUAUCCUGAACAGAUUGAAAAUCUACAGGAGCAACUUAGGGACAAAGAUAAACAGCUAAGCAAUUUAAAAGAUAGAGUGAAAUCAUUGCAGACGGAUUCCAGUAACACGGACACAGCUCUAGCAACAUUAGAAGAAGCUCUGUCAGAGAAGGAGAGAAUAAUAGAGCGCUUGAAGGAGCAGAGGGAACGGGAUGACCGAGAAAGACUGGAAGAAAUAGAAUCCUUUAAAAAGGAAAACAAAGACUUGAAGGAGAAAGUUAAUGCUUUACAAGCUGAACUAACAGAGAAGGAGUCUAAUUUAAUUGACCUCAAAGAACAUGCAUCAUCAUUGGCAUCAACAGGGCUGAAAAGAGACUCCAAAUUAAAGUCUUUAGAAAUAGCCAUAGAACAAAAGAAAGAAGAAUGUAGUAAGUUGGAAGCACAGCUGAAAAAGCAAGCUGAACAGUUGUUCAAUCAGAUGUACAAUCCAAUGCCAAUUAGGAAUAAUGGGAAACAAGGGGCUCAUGAAGCUGAAGAAGAAGCUCGGCUGAACCCAGAAUUUGCAGACAGAAUGAAACAGCUUGACAAAGAGGCAUCUUACUACAGAGAAGAAUGUGGCAAAGCUCAAGCUGAGGUUGACAGACUUCUAGAAAUCCUCAAGGAAGUGGAGAAUGAGAAGAAUGACAAAGAUAAGAAAAUUGCUGAGCUAGAAAGCUUGACUUCCAGACAUAUGAAAGAUCAAAACAAGAAAGUUGCCAAUCUGAAGCACAAUCAACAAAUGGAAAAAAAGAAGAAUGCUCAGUUGCUGGAAGAAGUUCGUAGGCGAGAAGACAAUAUGACAGACAACUCUCAGCACUUGCAGUUAGAAGAACUGAUGAAUGCACUGGAAAAGACCAGACAAGAAUUGGAUGCUACCAAAGCCCGUCUUGCCUCAACACAGCAGUCUCUGGCUGAGAAAGAAGCACAUCUGGCUAACCUCAGAAUAGAGCGGAGAAAACAGCUUGAAGAAAUAUUAGAAAUGAAGCAGGAAGCACUGCUUGCUGCAAUCAGUGAAAAAGAUGCAAACAUUGCCUUGCUUGAACUGUCUGCUUCAAAGAAGAAGAAGACUCAAGAGGAAGUAAUGGCUCUUAAACGAGAGAAAGACAGAUUAGUGCAUCAGUUAAAACAGCAGACACAGAACAGAAUGAAACUGAUGGCAGACAACUAUGAUGAUGACCAUCACCACUUCCACCACCACCAUCAUCACCACCAUCACCGGUCUCCUGGGAGGACCCAGCACUCAAAUCACCGACCCUCUCCAGAUCAGGUCAGUCACCUCCUUUCUUACCUUCACACUUACCCUUUUACCAUUCUGAAAUUUCAAGAUAAAAUAAAUCUUCCAAAGAAAUAA